GCGGCCGCGACGAUGUUCCAGCCCGCGGCUAAGCGGGGUUUCACCAUAGAGUCCUUGGUGGCCAAGGAUGGUGGCACCGGCGGGAGUCCUGGCAGCGGGGGCGCGGGCUCCCAUCCACUGGCUGUGGCCGCAUCAGAGGAACCGCUCAGGCCCACGGCGCUCAACUAUCCUCACCCCAGUGCGGCCGAGACGGCCUUCGUGAGUGGCUUCCCUGCCGCUGCCGCUGCGGGCGCCGGCCGCUCGCUCUAUGGAGGGCCGGAGCUGGUGUUCCCAGAGGCCAUGAACCACCCGGCUCUGACGGUGCACCCGGCACACCAGCUGGGCUCCUCCUCGCUGCAACCCCCUCACUCUUUCUUCAGCGCCCAGCAUCGGGACCCUCUCCACUUCUACCCCUGGGUGCUUCGGAAUCGCUUCUUUGGCCACCGCUUCCAGGCAAGCGACGUUCCCCAGGACGGGCUGCUUUUGCACGGGCCCUUCGCACGCAAGCCCAAGCGGAUUCGCACAGCCUUCUCGCCCUCGCAGCUGCUGCGGCUGGAGCGAGCCUUUGAGAAGAAUCACUACGUGGUGGGAGCCGAGCGGAAGCAGCUGGCAGGCAGCCUCAGCCUCUCCGAGACGCAGGUGAAGGUGUGGUUCCAGAAUCGGAGGACAAAAUACAAACGGCAGAAGCUGGAAGAGGAAGGGCCGGAGUCUGAGCAGAAGAAGAAGGGUUCCCACCAUAUCAACCGGUGGCGCAUCGCCACGAAGCAGGCCAACGGGGAGGACAUUGAUGUCACCUCCAAUGACUAGGGGAACAAUCAAGAGCCCACAAGGGCAGGGCAUUGCUUGCUGCUGGCCAAGGCUCCAGGGGGCCCAUGCUGGACUCUGGCCACUCCUUAGCCAGGCUGCAGGGAGGCCUCGAGUCACGGCCCCACAGGGCUUGGAGCCUGGGGCCAUCACUGUCAGAGGGACAAGAGAAUGGGCUGGCUGAGGCCUGGGACUGCUCAGCCUUCUGGUGGAGAGCCUGCUGCUUGGGUGGACCGCCCAUCACUGCAGCCCCCCAGCUGCUCUCCAUGUCUCUGUCUUUGUUCUGAGACAUUUCUGUUUUAAUUUAUUUUCCAGGUCCUGCUGUAGUUCUUAGUGACAUCCUCUCAUGUCCCCCUUCCCUAUGGGAAUAAUAAAAAAUCUCUCUCUUUA